AUGGACCCCGUCGACCGUCCGCUCGACGACCAGCCGCUCGAAACCCCUGCGCGCAUCUUCGAGAGGCUGCAUCAAAUAGCAGGAUACACAUGGAACGAAUCGCGGCCGCCCUUCCGCUCAACCUACGAUAACUGGCACAUCUUUGGGACGAGGUUCGUCUCUCCGUACUCGACCCCUAGCACGCAUACGGCUGCGUCACCCGCGCCCCAUCAUUUGGUGAGCCCGCCGGCCCUGCCAAACCUCGUGCCGACUAGCCGAGCGGUCCCCGCAGAUCUUCGCUCGACAUCCUCCUCUUCCUCAGAGAGCGAACACAGCAGCACCGACCGCUCUACUUCUUCCCCCGCCGAUGUAGUGGAGGAGCGCGUCGUCGCAAGAGUGUCAUACCACGUCCUCCGCGAAGAGAGGGCUUUUCACAUAUCCAAAAGUCUAGUCUCGAGCGUAGACCCCAACGGGGACCGCAUCGUUAAGCCGCUCGAUCUCAUCCGACUCACACCGCUGCCUGGUGACCGAGGAGCCAUCAUCGUCACCAUCUACGAGGAUCCUGGGCCUAACUAUCUCUUCAGAAUCCUGGACCUGGGACCCGCGUUCUACUUCGCCGAAAAGCACAACGACCGUUGGGAAGCCACCCGCAGCCGCAUCUCGUCGCUGGACCCGGCCAUCAGCCUACAGAGCUUCCUGGACUUCGCCAUCGGCGCAGCCCAGUGUUUGGAGAUAGUUCACUACGGCCAAGGCAUAGUGCAUGGCGAGAUACGGGGCGACUCGUUUCACUACAACAUCGAAACGAACCAGGUCAAGCUGGUGUCUUUCGGUUCCGGGAUAAGAUCUUUUGAAUACGGCCUGACUAGCCACGGAUGGUCUGCGCUAUCUAAGGAGGUGGGCGCGAAGCACAAACUGCAAUACAUUAGCCCGGAACAGACUGGGCGCAUCCCCGUCGAGCCGGACAACAGGACCGACAUUUACUCGCUCGGCGUUCUGCUCUGGUGUCUCCUAACACAGCAGCCCGUUUUUCAAGGGGAGACGCCCCUCGACGUCGUCCAGGGCGUUCUUGGACGGAGGAUACCGAGCGUCAACACGUUCCGAAUGGAUGUCCCCGAAGUUAUCGGCCGAAUCAUCCAGAAAUGCACGUCCAAGAAUGUCAGCGACAGGUACUACUCUGCAGGCGGCCUCCGCUACGACCUUGUUUCGGUUCAGAAGAUGCUUGGCGACGGCAAUUCAGCGGCAUUGAGGGACUGGCCGAUUGGUUCCAGGGACGUCUCUUCCUCCUUCAGGUUACCCUCAGUCAUGAUAGGCCGAGAGCGCGAACGAGACGAACUCGUCAAGGUUAUCGAGAGGGUUGCAAAAAGCCAUUCCGUUGGCCCCACGGGGAGCGUGAGCUGGAGUUCCGACGCCUCGAACUUGUCUACCGAGUUAUUCGACGCUGGCGACGCAUCCAGCGACGGUGGAAGCUCGGGCGGAGCGACGAACCGACGCACCGGCUCUGCCACACAGCUAGAAAUGAGGCCCAAGAUCGGCUUGAAUCAGUCGGUACAAGGAACAGACUCGGCGGGAUCUCUAUCCACCGCCGGCUCGGGUAACUCAGGGGGUCUCAGACCGCAACACCAAUGGGACAAGAACCACAUCACCCAUGCCGAGGGCGUCUUGAGCGCCGACGGUGGCAGUAGUUCCGAGCUUUCGAGGCACCCCGCCACCGUGGCAGCGGAUUCCUCGUCGACCAGCUUGUCCCGGCAGCUAGGCUCGGCCAAAUUCAGGAGGCAAGGCCAUUGCGAGGUCGUAAUCAUUGAGGGUGCGGGAGGACUGGGCAAGAGCUGCCUUGUCCAGUCGGUUCUUCCAGAUGCACGCAGGAGAGGGUACUGUACAACGGCCAAGUUUGACCGUGCCAGAAGGACGGCCUAUGGUCCUCUGCUGAAGCUGCUCUCGUCCUUGUUCCGCCAGGUGUGGGGCGAGAGAAACACGGAAACUCCUUUCCACCAAGCGCUGAAGCAGUAUGUUCGGCCAGUAUGGCCCAUGUUGCACAAGGUUCUAGGCCUUCCCGAGUUUCUCCUCCCGUCCUUGGAAACAGCUCUUUCACGCUCCUCAUCCAACCACCGGGUUUCUAGAUCAAAUCUGAAGAGCCAAAGUUCCCCCCUGGAUUCCUCUGCCAGUACUACGCCGCGGCCCCCUUCCACGGGCAUGUCCGCGCAGAGCUCCCGGGACUUCCUCAGGGCCGGCACCUCCACGAAGACCAAUCGGCUGGUGACAACCUUUCUCGACGUGCUGAGGAUGUUCACCCAUUACAAGUUCAUCUGCUUCUGUCUGGAUGAUCUGCAUUACGCCGACGAUGAGUCUCUGGAGCUUCUCAGUCAAAUUGUCAGCGCAAGGCUUAAAAUGGUCGUCAUAAUUACCUACCGCCCGGAGGGCAAUGCCCUUGAGAUGGUGCAGAAGAUAGUCAGCCCCCCUAAGUCGGAAGAGCCCUCUAGGUCUGGGAUCCCUACGACGACUAAGCUCGUUUUGCAGCCACUUGGUGAGGACGAAAUAGUCCACUAUGUUUCAACGACACUCUCGUUGCCAAAGGAAGAGGUCCAUCCUCUGGCAUUGGUCAUCCAGUCCAAGACAGCAGGAAAUCCCUUUUACAUGCGGGAAAUGCUGAGCGCCGGCCACCGGAAGAAGUGCAUUUGGUACGACUAUAUCACCGGCCGCUGGAAAUACGAUUUGGAUAAACUCUUUGAUCAAUUCAAAGGGGAGCAGAACUACGACGUGCUUGACACGGCUUUCAUCACACGACGCCUCAGCGAGCUGCCGCGGGCUUCCAGGUCCAUCCUAGCUUGGGCCGCACUGCUAGGCAACACGUUCUCAUUUGAACUGAUCUGCAAAUUGAUGGAGGAGGAAAACCGCGUUGACGAGUGCACCGAGGAGCUAGGCCAGCCAUCGGCAUCAACAUCAGCCUUUUCGCAGGAGGAUGCCGUGGCCGGACUGGAAUCUGCUAUUCAGGCCUUCAUCAUUGUCCCGUGCGACCGGGAUGACUACUUCCGCUUCGCCCACGACAGAUACAUCCAAGCUGCAUCGGCGCUUAAGGAGUGCAACGCGCGAAAAAUGCACUUUAUGAUUGCUCAGCUCCUUCUCAAGAAGUCCUCAUGUGAUUCGGCGCUGAAGGACAGCACCGCCUAUCACAUUUGCGAGUCAGUAGAUAUCAUCAAAAAGCGGGUAGCACAUCGGCAGCCCUUCCGCAAGCUGCUAUUUGAGCGCGCACACGAGGCUAUUGAAAGCGGGGCGCGGUCUACCGCAGCGAAGUAUUACAGCAAUGCCCUUGCACUCCUUCAAACGGAUCCCUGGGUUGAUGAUGCCGAGGAUGCCUCGUACGACGAGACUCUCCAGCUCUACCUUCAAGCAGCCGAAUGUUACCUGUUCAUGGGGCAUCACAGUGCUGCGAGCGUGCUCCUUCAGACAAUCUUUGACCGCGCGAGGACCGAGCUCGAUAAGGCACCCGCGUUAGUGCUGCAGUCUAGGAUCUUUUCGCAGAGCGGGCAGGAGACGCAGGCGGUGGCCUCGCUAAAACAAUGCCUGAAAGCUCUCGACGUCGAUUUGGACGAGCAAGCUACCAUGGAGACGUGUGACGACCGAUUCGAGCGUCUUUGCGUAAAGAUUCAGGCCAUGGAGCGCCAGGAGGUGCUGAAUCCUGCUUCGUCCAAUGAUGCGAUGCUGUCCUCCGUCGGCGCUGUGCUCGCCGAGGCGGCGAGUGCCGGAUGGUGGAGUGAUUGCACCGUUUUCUAUCAGUUGUCUCUUCUGAUGAUGGAGACUCAUUUCAGCCGAGGAGCGUACCCGCAAUCUGGGAUGGCUUUUCUCUACAUGUCCAUCAUCGCCCUGUCGCGCUUCAAUAUGGCUCAGUUUUCAGCCGAGCUGGCGGGCUUCUGUCUUGAGCUGUUGAAUAAGUAUCGGGAUCCGUUCUCGGUGUCGAGGGGCUACAUGAUCUAUGCAAACUUUGUUGGGCAUGUUCGAGAUCCGAUCGCAGCUUCAGUGACGCAGCUCGAAGGAUUCGUCGACUACGCGGCGGCCGCUGGGGAUAGGAUAUCAACUAUUCUCAGUUUUGGGCUCUCGGCACAGCACAGAUUCUACGCAAGCGAGAACUGCUCCGACCUUGAAAGCUUCUGCCAGUACGGUUGUGAGGAGAUCCCGAACUGGCAUCUCGACACGCGAGGUGGCUCGAUCCUUAUCGCGGUGAGGCAGGUUUGCCGCGCCCUCCAGGGCAAGACUCGCGCGUCAGAGCCGCUCGAGGUCAUGAGCGACGAGCAGCACGAUGCUUUGACAUACAAAGGCUGGCUCGAGGCCCACACGGACAACGGCGGCCGGGCAUUGCUGCUGUAUGAGACAAUGGAAAUUGUGCCCUUGUUUCUCUACGGCCACUAUGAGCGCGCGGUCGAGGUCGGAAAGGCGUGCUACGAGCGCGCGUAUCUCCUGUGGUCGGCUCGCAACACGAGGUUGGCAAUGCUCUUCUAUGGCUUGGCUCUUGCCGGCAGCAUCCUCCGCCAGCAACAGGACCCCACAGCGCCAGGGGAAGAGGCGCUCAGGAAUCAGCUCGAAGACACGGUUCGGGAGGUUGAGGAGCUCAGCCGGAAGAUCAAAGACUGGCAGGUGGUCGAUGAUGUCAAUUAUCUAGCCUGGUCAAAGCUGCUCGACGCCCAAAUUUCAGAAAUGCUCGGUAACCACGGAAUAGCGAUCCGGCAGUACGAAGAGGCCCUGGAUCACGCAUCAGAACACGACUUUCUCUUUGAGGAAGCGCUCGGAAACUACUUGAUGGCCAACAUAUUCAUUAGGAAUGAUGCCAGACGGUCUGCGCGCUCCGCGCUUCGUGAUGCGAUUGGUCUCUAUCGCCAGUUUGGCGCUACCGGCAUUGCCGACCGUAUCGAGAGCGAGCAUAGCAUCCUGCUUCACGGCGCCAUGCGAAAUCCUCGAAACAUUGAUGUCGGGGUUCAGACCGACUUUUCUGGUGACACUUCGUCGGUUCAGUAUCGGACCGUCGACAACGAGAGUGCGAUUGAAGUCCAACAAGCGCAUGCCGCUGAUGCAGUCCUCAAAGGGGAGCGCAUGACGGCGUGGAGAGGAUCGACGCAGCCAGAGGCCGGAGUCGGGUUGCCUGCGCUCGAUAUGAUCGAUCUGCAUGCUAUUCUGGUCUCGUCGCAAGUUAUCUCGUCUGUGCUAAGGAUAGAUGAGCUCCUCAAGACCAUGUGCGAUGUGAUACUGCAGACCUGCAGCGGGUCUGCUACUCUUGCCGCCAUCGUCGUACAGGAUGAAGGAAGUGCAGACUGGUGCGUCGCUGCGAGCGGCGACCCCGAAAAGGGCGCUGAAGCCCACAUUCCCGCCCUUCCCCUCAGCGGGACCGACCUUGUCGCCGAGAACGUCAUACUCUACUGCACCCGCUUCCGCGAGGUGGUCUUCCUCCAAGAUCUCCUUACUGAUGAGCGGUUCGGCAAUGUCAGCGAAGACUGGGUGUACAAGAACCCCGGCAGCAAGGCCGUCAUCGCCAUUCCUAUUUGCCACGGUUCGAAGCCGCUGCUUGGUGUGCUCUAUCUCGAGGGGGUUCCCGGAUCCUUCACGGACCGCAAUGUCACCGUGUUGCAACUCCUUGUCAACCAGAUCGGCAUCAGUUACUCCAACGCGCUGGCCAUGAAGGCGGUCGAGAAGGUAUCGGCAGAGAACAUUUCUAUGGUCGAGCUUCAGAAGCGCGCGUUGGCAAAGGCAAUCGAAGCAGAAACAAAGGCCAAAAAUGCAGAAGCAGAGGCUAUCCGCAACGUCAAACUCGCCGAAGAAGCUACAAGAGCGAAAUCCAUCUUUCUGGCCAACGUCUCCCACGAGCUCCGCACGCCCCUCAAUGGUGUGAUUGGAAAUUCGGAACUCCUCAGGGACAGCAAUCUCAACAAGGAGCAGCAAGAGAUGGCGGACUCGAUCAGGGUAUCGGCGGAUCUGCUCUUGACGGUUAUCAACGACAUUCUGGACUUCUCAAGGAUGGAGGCGGACAAGAUGAAGCUCUACAUUAUCGCGUUCAACCCCGAGGAGAUGGUAAGGGAAGUCGUCCGGGCAGUCUCGUACAGUAACAGGGAGAAGACGUCCAGGAAGAACGUCAAGAUCAUACAGGACAUCAACCUACCCCCCAUGCUUAUCUACGGUGAUCCCAUUCGCCUGCACCAGGUGCUUGGCAACCUGAUCGGAAACAGCCUCAAAUUCACCGAGGACGGCUCUAUUACCAUCGGAGCCCGGAUCGACUCCGAGACGGAGGACAAGGCCACGUUGACAUUCUGGGUCAAGGACACGGGCAUUGGGAUCUCCCCGCAGCAGCUCGAGAACCUUUUUCAGCCGUUCAGCCAGGCGGACGCGAGCACGGCCCGCAAGUACGGCGGCAGCGGCCUCGGCCUGAGCAUCUGCAAGUCCCUGAUCGAAACAAUGAUGAAGGGAACAAUCCGCCUCGAAAGCCAACAGAACGUCGGCACAACUGCCCGGUUCACUGUCACGUUUGAGAAGGCACGCCCGGAAGUUGUUGCUGGCCAGGAACAGGCGGUAACCCGCGCGGCGCUGCCGGAACCCAAGACGCCAUCUAACAAAGCCAAGCUAGCAUCAGCCAAGGAUCUCUCGUCCAUUUCGUCACCCCUAUCCAGCCCACCUCCCGAAAUCGUGGACCUCUCACACAUUCCGAAGGAUCAGCUUCGCAUCUGUAUCGCCGAGGACAACGCCAUCAACGCCAAGAUAGCCAUGCAGUACCUACAGCGGCUGGGGUACACCAAUGUGCGUACAUACGAUAACGGGCUCAAGGCCGUAGAGGGGCUGCGCGAGAAGGCGCGAAUUGGCAUGCCCUACCACAUCAUCCUCAUGGACGUCCAGAUGCCCGUGUUGGAUGGGUACGAGGCCACCAAGCUGCUCCGCAACGACGAGCUCGAGUCGGUCAGGAAGGUGCUUGUCAUCGCCAUGACCGCCUCAGCUAUCCAGGGUGACAGGGAGAAGUGCCUCGCCGCGGGCAUGAACGACUACCUUGCUAAACCGGUCAAGUGCGAGGUUCUCAAGAAGAAGCUGGAUGCUUAUUUACUGCGCGCAGGGGCUGGAGGCGGUGGGCCGCUAGCGCUGGGAGGAGGGCCGGAUGUUGGUGGCGGUCCUACGGGCGGACGAGAAGCUUGA